AUGUACUUCGAAUGGGGUACACCGGCUUGGAGACUUCUGCCCUCUGAACCUCCCGCUUCGAAAGCAUCUGAAAUGAACCCAAAUAAGGAGAUGCCAGCAGUUGGCCUCAAAAGGAAUUCAGCCACAAGAGGUUACAGCUUGAAAUGGCUAUCAAUAUGGUUCGGUGCUCUUCUGGGCUUAUACACGACAUAUCUAUUCUUACAAUCAAGCAGUACAUUGAGUCUUUUCCAGGAGCAGAGCUCGGUACCGUUGAUAGUGGCAUGGACUGCGUAUUUCAAAGAUACGAUCAGUAACAAGUUGAAAACUUCAUUAGCCAAUUGUCCAUUCCGUUGUGACAUAGUGGAACGAAGUGCUUAUGACCAUCGGAUCCCAUCUGCGUACAUACUUCAUGGUCGCGACGUAAACGUCAGCGAUCUGCCUGCACGACGCUAUCCUCAUCAGCUGAUGGUGUUCAUGUUGUUCGAACCCCCACCGUACGCUGGAAGGGCCUGGAGAAAGCUUCCUCCCAACUAUUUCAAUGCAACGAUGACUUAUAGAAAGUCUUCCGACUAUCCUUUACAGUAUGGUAAGUUUGUAAGACGAUCGCCAAUCGAUAAACGGCAAAUGGUUUUCAGUGAACAACAGAUCCAGAAAGCCAUGAAGCGAAAAACGAAAGGCGCUCUGCUGUUGAUGUCACGAUGCCUUACUUAUUCGAACAGAGAAUCAAUUAUACGGAAAUUGUCAGCGAAAAUCAAUAUCACCAUUGUUGGGCGUUGCAGUUCAGCGUUCCCAGGAGCCACGAAUGUAUAUUGCCCAAACUCAAUGCGCGGGGACAAAUGCGAAGAGGAACUUGUCGCAACCCACCGGUUCUAUCUGGGGUUCGAGAAUUCCUUCUGUCGCGACUACAUAACAGAAAAGUUUUUUCUACGAAUCUCUCAAUUGAUGGUACCAAUUGUGGUGAACAGAGCAUUCUACGAAGGAAACGGUAUACCUCCGAGCUCUUUCAUAGCCUUGGACGAUUUCGAAAACGACGAUGAACUGGAAAAUCAUUUAUAUGCUGUGCAACACCACAACAAGCUAUUUUUGAAGUAUUUCGAGUGGACAAAGUACUAUCGAAAGCCGUCAAGUUACGUCAGCGAUGCUGCCUGUCGGCUUUGUGCUGAUCUCGCAGUCUGCUUUGAGGAUCCUACGACAAUGACCGGAAUCCGACGAGGCAGCAGCUUUGCCGAACCUCCAAAGCCCAAUCAACUUCAAAAAGGAGUGCAUUUCGAAGAGAAUGGUAGCGAUGGAGGUUUACGAAGGACUGGCGUAGGACGCAAGCAUCAUUCGCUGCUCAUCUCCCACUUCGUUUCAACUGUCGUCCAUCUGAUCUCAUCGAUUCUUCUUUAUUUGUCUUGGCACUUUGCCGAUAGCGAAUGUGGAGAAACAUCGAUUUUUCUAACAAAUCUUCAAGCUAUUCUGAUGAUUAUCUACGCAAUAACCGUCGUCGUCAAAGUGGGCUUACUGAUUAAACACUUCUGCCAUAUACCUGUACCAGCUAAAUAUAUCAACAUAAUAACUAUAAUAAUCGCGGCCAAGCAAUUUCUGAUAGCCGUGAUCUGCGAAGUGUUUCUGGAAGCGUCGACGAUGGUGCCACGGAGUGGAUGCCCAGCAAUACGGAAUACGCUGCCUGUCUGGUCUGCUCGAUUGUUCUACCUCUUCUCCAUUGUGAUCAACUCAAUCUUCUUUGCACUUUCCAACAAAUUCCAUGCCAGAAUGGAGGAAACCGACAGCUGA